AUGAGCUUUGCUCGCGCUUACAUAGCUCCUUUCCACAACUUCUUGACAAUAGAAACAAUUGCAAGCUUGGGCCUCCUUUACUACAUGUUCAUGGUGGGUUUAGAGCUUGAUUUCAAACCAGUAAAACGUGCUGGGAAGAAGGCUCUGAGCAUUGCCCUCGCGGGCCUCAUAGUCACUGUCCCCCUCGGCGCGGCUCUUCAUUACUUUCUUCUUGGCGACGACUCUCGCUGGAAGUACAAGGGCAAAAGGCCCACCAGGUACGGGCCCUUGGUCUGGGGCAUUACCCUCGCCACCACCAGCUUCCUCGACCUAGCUCGAAUCCUCGCCGACCUCAAACUCCUCCAUUCUGAGGUCGGUCGGCUUGCCCUAUCCGCCGCCGUCAUUGCCGAGUUAUGCUCAUGGUUUCUUCUUGUCGUGACCAUGUCGGUAAUGACUGCGGCCGGGUGGCGCGGGUUUGCGACCACCGUGGCCUUUGUAGUUGUCUGUGUUUUUGUUCUUCGGCCUGCUCUCUUGUGGGCAAUCCGCUGCAAAUUUACCGAGAACAAAAAGAAUAAUAAUAACGAUAUGGACCUCAACGUGUGCUUUGUCCUGUUCGGUGUCGUGGUAUUCGGGUUCAUAACGCAAACAUGUGGGUCCCACUUCAUCGUCGGGCCUUUCGUGUUGGGAGCCAUCAUGCCCAAGAAGGGAGAGAUGAAGAAGAUGGUGAUGCAGAGGAUCCAAAACUAUGUGUAUCUGCUCAUGAUGCCCCUUUUCUUCUUGUUCGUCGGGCUAAGGACCGAUUUCAGACAUGUUGUUUAUGAGGACGUUGAGAACCAAGUGCCCUACGGUGCAGCUCACGCGUGCCGUGUCAUGGUGGUUAUCGUUCUGUCUUCCGCUUCUAAGAUUUUCACAACCUUUCUCGUCGCCUUAAUCCACAAAAUUCAACCUUGGGACAGUUUUACUCUUGGGAUACUCAUGAACACUAAAGGAUUAUUGGGACUCAUCAUUCUCAACUCUGCUAAGGACCUACAAGUCUUGGACCACCGAACGUUUGCAGUAAUGAUGAGUGCAAUUUGGCUAAUGACGGUUCCGGUUGGACCCUUCCUAGCCCUGGGUUACAAGACCACGAGGGCUUCCGCACAAUACAAAAUCAGGAACAUACAAAGCUUAGAACCUGAUACCGAGCUUCGAAUCCUCACGUAUACCCACACCUCCAUUAACGUCUCCGGCAUUGUAGACCUCCUCGAGGCUUCAAAUCCAUCCCGACAAUCCUGGAUCUACGUCUUCGCCGUCCAACUCGUGGAGCUCACCGGUCAAGCUUCGGCCAUGCUCAUCGUGCAUGACGCUUGUAAAGCUAACACAAAUCACACCUGGGCCAACACCGAGGCACAACCUGAGCCAUUCACCUCUAGAAAUGCCUUUGAAAGCUACGCCAAGGGAAGAGCAAACGUUUAUGUUCAAGCACUCACGACCGUUUCAGCUUACAACACCAUGCACGAGGACAUAUGCAAUCUGGCCGAGGAGAAGUGCAUCAACCUCAUAAUCAUCCCGUUCCACAUGCAAGCUAAUAUAGAUGGCGCCAUGGAGGAUGCCAACCCUAGUUUGAAGGGCAUCAACAGUAACGUGAUCGAAAAGGCCCCGUGCUCCGUGGCGGUUUUUGUCGACCGCGGGCUUAGUAUGUCCCAUAUGACCGAAUCCUACAAGGACGCCUCCCAGGCCUACCGCCACUUCGCCAUGUUCUUCAUCGGAGGGGCAGAUGACCGCGAGUCGUUAACGUAUGCAUGGAGGAUGGCAGGAAAUCCGAGGGUUAACUUAAAGGUUGUACGGUUUAUCGUUACCCCAAAUAACAACGAAGGCAACAACAAUAAGGAAACUGAUCCAAAGGUAAUGGAAGACAGUGGGAGGGAGAAGCAAAUAGACGAGUUGUACGUGGACGAGUUUAGGCUGAAGUCCAAGCACAACCCCAACAUACAAUUCUUGGAGGAGUCUGUGAAUAGCUGGGAACAAAUUCUGAAUCUCAUAAGGGAGUUGGAGGGUGAAUAUGACUUGUACAUAGUGGGAAGACGGCAUGGAAGCACAUCACCAGCGAAGGCAUUUUCGGAUCAUUAUUUGAGCCAGACUGACGAUCAGCUGGGACCUCUCGGGGAAGCAUUAUUGACUACAAGUUUUGCAAUUAACGCAUCCAUUCUUGUAGUGCAGCAGGGGGCCGCUGUGGAUGAACCAGAGGAUGAAAACGUUUCGGUUAUAUGA